CCGGCCAGUGUUGACACGGCCUUGGUGCGAGCUGUAGUCCCGGGGGCUGGUUCGUGCUCCUCACCCACUACUGUCCCUGCUACUGACGCAGGCACCAUCCUGCACUAACCUUGUGUGUCUGCCCCUAGUUCUUGUGUGUCAGCCGCCACCAUGAAUGUAUAUAGCUGUAUGCGGGCCCUGGCGGUGCGCCUGCCGGCUCAACGGUUGUGUGAGGCUAAUGUUCCUGCUCUUGCUGCUGUCGCCUAUGGCCGGGCCUUCAGUGACCAGGCCCUAAAGAAGGAUGUGGAGACCGUAGCAGCAGCGAAGCCCAGUGUACCAAGUGGCAAACUAGGGCUGACUGAUCAUCGUGUCAGUAAACUAGAGAAAUUCUUCUUGGUUUGGGGUGGAAAAUACAAGACAAUUGCAGAAGUUCCCGAUCAUGUGAACCAAGAUGUUCUGGAACGUGCCCGUAAUAAAGCCAGGAUCAAGAUUAAUAUAUGGAUGUGUGUGGCUACUCUGUUUGGCUGUCUUGGCAUGAUCUACUCGGGUAAAAAGGCUAGAGAAAGGGGAGAGUCUGUAUCAAAAAUGAAUGAAGACUGGCAUAAGAAGCAUAAUGAAGCUGAAGGGGCCAAAACAGAGUAGGAUAACUAGCACAGGGUAAUUUUUGUACAUGCUUUACUCUGUGUAGGCUCAAAGCAUUAGUUACACAUGUAUUAAAUUAUAUUAAAGUAAGCAAUAUUAAAUUUAAAAGUUUUUACCCCAUGCAACUAGUUCCUCGGUAUAAAAUAUAAUUGUUUUGGUUAUAAAACAAAAUUUUCACAUGUUUGUAUUACUCUACAUAAUUAAAUUUGCAUAUCCCCAAAUUUGGACCUUCAAAUAUAAGUGUUGACAACUAAUAUUUAAAUGUAUGAAAAUACUUGUUAUUGCAAAAACAGGUUGCAAACCCCCAUGGUUUUAAGCUUUACUAUACGUUAUAAUUACAGUAUAUACCAAAUAUUAUGCAUGCCAGUAUGCUGUUGACUAAAUAAAAUGCUGCCACCCAGCGUUAAUAUAAGUUUCUUCCAGUAAAGAAAAGGAAAAAAAAAAACUAGCAA